AUGGACGUUAUAGAUCAAGAUAUAAAAAACGUAGAAGAGUCAUCUUUUGAUGACGCAUACGAUAGAGAGAAAUGGAGAGGUGUUGUAAUGGCAGCGAUGGCACUUAAUGGGCCGAUAAGUUGAGGAAGAAGAAGGAGAUAUUCACANUUUGAAAAAAAAUAAAUUAAAAAAAUAAAAUUACGAUGUACUAAAAUUGAUGUAAAACAAAAUUUUGAACCUUAGUUUAGGUUUUGAUCUUGAAAAAGAAAAUUAUUUUAACACAAUGAAUAAUACGAUAGCUGGAUAUUGUCCAUUAAAAUUUAUAUUACCUAAUCCGGAAGAUGAGAUUAUACAAAUUAAUCAAGAAUGUAAAUUUAUUAUUGGGAGAAACGGACAUAUACCAACGAGUACAUUAAGAGUUGGAUUAUAUUCAUUAAAAUCUCUUGAAAAAAUAUUUAAUAGUUACCUAGAAAAAAGUCUAAAUAAAAUCACAAAAGUUACACUUGAAAACGGAUUAUUAAAAAUAUCAUCUCCAUUUAAUUGGGUUUGAUUCAUAUUUAUCUGAUUGUCUAGGUUUUGAAUAUAAAAUAGAAGAUAGCAAUUUUACAAAAUAUUCAAUAUUAUUCGGUUAUAGAUGGCCUACUCAAAAAGAUAUUGAGACUGGAAAAACAUUUUUUACUAAAAUUGCUGAAAAAACACCAAAAUUAAAUAAUGUAAAAUAUUUAAGCAACAUAGAAGGAAACAUAUAUUUUGAUAAUGGUUUAUCUAUUAAUAUUCAUAGAUCAAACUAUACUAUUGAACAAUUAAAUAAUAUUUUUAAAAUGAAUAUAAAUGUUUCCGAUAGUAAUUUAAUUUAAAUUAAAAGUGAAGAAAAUAAUUUUAUGUUUGAUAAUAUUCUUUGUGAUAAUCUAAGGAUUAAGUUUGAUAAUUUUUCGAAAAUUGGAAAUUAUCCAACAAGUAAAACAUCUAAUAUUUCCUUAGAAUUACAUUGUAAUAUAGUCGAAAAAUCUAUAUCCAAUCAUAAAGAAAAUGUUAAUAUUCACUACGAAGAAGAUCUUUUAUUUAUUUUUAACAACCCACAAGAUAAUUUGAUCAUAAAACCAUCAACUAUAACUUAUAUACCAAUAAAUCAGAAAAAAAUUCAAAACAUUAAAUUAAAUAUUUUUGUCUUAGAAGAAUAUAUUUAAUAAAUUUACACAAUUUAUUGUUUAUUUUAGUUUAAUAAACAGAUGAUGAAUGAUAUAUCAUAUAUGAUAUGAUAAUUAUUGUUUGAUUCAAAAUUUAUCAUACAUUAUGUACAUUAUUAUUUUAUAUAUCAUUUUUAUUAUAUAUUUAUUAUCAAAUUUAUAUAUCAUAUAUGAUAUGAUAAUUAUUGUUUGAUUCAAAAUUUAUCAAGAUUAGUUUGUUCGCAAAAAACAAAACAUGACCAUACAACAUAUUUAUGUAACACAUGUUUAUCACAUUUUUAUACCAAGAAAAGUCUAACAGAUCAUGAGGAAUAUUGUAAAACUAAUAAAUGCACUAAAGCAAUAUUACCAAAUAUAUCUGAUCGUAUUCUUUAAUUCGAAAAAUACAGUCAUUCUUAUAAAGUUCCAUUUGUUAUCUAUGCUGAUUUUGAAAGCAUGCUUCCUAAAAUUGAUACAUGUCAACCUUGUGAUACAACCUCUUAUACAAAAAAAUAUCAAAAACAUUUACCUGUUAGUUUUUGUUUUAAUGUUAAAUAUAGUAAUACUAGUAAAAAUAAUCCAGUAACAUAUACAGGUGAAGAUGCAGCUGUUUUUUUAAGAAAAAAUAAAAGAUGAAGCACUUUAUAUUGCAAUAAAUUAUUUAGAUGUGAAAAACCUAUGAUAAUAACAAAAGAACAAGAAACUGCAUUUGAAAAAGAAAAUAACUGUCAUAUAUGUGAAAAAAGAAAUUGAAUAUUUUAAAAAACAGCUUGAUGAGAAACAGAAAGAAAAACAGAUGUUCAUUGAAGAUCUUGAGGAUAAUGUGAAAAAAGUUAGAGAUCAUAAUCAUUUAACAGGAAAAUAUCGAGGUGCUGCUCAUUCAAUAUGUAAUCUAAAUUAUAAGGUUCCUAGAUUUAUUCCAUUAUUUUUCCACAAUCUAUCUGGUUAUGAAGCGCAUUUAUUCAUAAAGAAUUAGGUAUUGAUAAAGAUAAUAUAAAAACAAUUGCAAAUAGUGAAGAAAAUUGUAUAUCAUUUUCAAAAAUUGUAAGAUAUGUGAAAAAAGAUCCAAUAACUAAAUAUCUAAAAACUAAAGCCUGUUUUAAAUAAAAAAUGAAAACUUGUUGAAAUAAGAUUUCUUGAUUCUUUCAAUUUCUUAUCUAGCUCUUUAGAAAAAUUAGCUAAUAAUUUAAAACCAAAUCAGUUUAAAAAACUAUCUAAACAUUUUCCUGAAAAAUUGGUUGUAGUAAAAGGAAAAUUAGCAUAUCCUUAUAAAUACAUGGAUUCUCCAGAGAAAUAUAAUGAAGAAUCUCUACCUAAUAUAGAUAAAUUUUACAGCUUUCUUACAGGUGAACAUGUAAAACAAAAUGCAUAUGAAAAUGCUAAAAAAAUAUGAGAAACAUUUGAAAUCAAAAAUAUGAAAGACUUUACUAUACUUUAUAAUAAAAUAUAUGUAUUAUUACUUACAGAUAUAAUGGAAAAUUAUAGACAUGUUUCAUUAAAACAUUUUAAGUUGGAUCCUGUUCAUUAUUAUACAACUCCAGGUUUUGCAUGGAAUGCUAUGCUUAGAAAAACAGGUAUAGAAUUAGAAUUGAUAACAGAUAUUGAUAUAUGA